AGUUGAGACAGUUCAUUGGAUCAUUCCAUUAUUGUAGGUAGCGACUGUACAAUGGUUCGAUCCAUGGUCAGCCACUGGGAGACAGUUGGGAGAGAGUGGAAGACGCCAUCUUAUGAUGUGAGCUUUGUGACAUGGUGCAUUAUCUUGCUGGAAGUAGCCAUCAGAAGAUUGGCACACUGUGGUCAUAAAGGGAUGGACAUGGACAGCAACAAGACUCAGAGCUUACAUACUGUUAGGAUUAGGAAAGUGCAGGCGACAGGAUGGCUGUAAAGAGAAGGAGAAGAAGAGACUUGAACCCUGGGUGGUUUUCAUGGUUGUCCAAGAGAAGCAAGAAAAGGAAUGAUGUCAAAGAAGAAGAGAUCAACAAUGUACACCCGACAAUGGAAUUUUUACUGGAUGAAAGUCAAAAAGAAAAUAUUCAAGAAAAUGAACAACUGGGGAACAAAGAGAAAGUAAAGGCUGUUAGUCCAUUCAAAAUUUUUCGCUAUGCAGAUGGGCUGGAUAUCCUCUACAUGAUCAUUGGGUCUGUGGGUGCACUCUGCAAUGGGAUCUGCCUUCCUAUAAUGCACAUUGUAUUUGGUGAAAUGACUGACAGUAUGUUGUGUCACAACUCAACAACACAAAACUCAACUCAAUGUUCACAGUUCAAACCAAUAGAAGAGCAGAUGACUAUGUUUUCCUAUUAUUAUGCUGCUAUAGGAGCUGCCGUCUUAGUGUGUGGAUAUGUACAAGUCUCAUUUUGGGUUCUAGCCGCUGCACGACAAACACGUAGAAUGCGAAAAACCUUUUUUCAUUCAGUGUUAUCCAAAGAUAUGAGUUGGUUUGAUGUCACCAAAUCUGGAGAGCUCAACAGCCGCCUUACAGAAGACAUCAAUAAAAUCAAUGAUGGGAUUGGAGACAAAGUUGGACAUCUUUUGCAAAAUUCUUCAACUUGUAUAACUGGAUUAGUCAUCUCAUUGGUUAAAGGGUGGCAGCUGGCAUUAGUAUACAUGUCUACAAGUCCACUAAUGUCAUUAUCAUCAGCAUUCUGUUCCAAGAUGAUGGUGUCUCUGACAAGCAAAGAGCUUUCAGCUUAUGCAAAAGCGGGAGCGGUGGCAGAAGAAGUCCUCUCCUCGAUUCGGACAGUGGUGGCGUUUGGUGGACAAGAGAAAGAAAUAAAAAGAUACACAAAUAAUUUGGGAGAGGCCAAAAAACUUGGUAUCAAGAAAGCCAUAGCAUCCCAGCUUGCCCUUGGCUUUGUUUAUCUUUUUGUUUAUGGCUCAUAUGGGCUAGGAUUUUGGUAUGGUACAAUUCUUAUUUUGGGAGAUCAAGGAUAUACUGUCGGAGAUGCCCUUGUGAUCUUCUUCAGUGUAGUGAUCAGCAGUUUUUGCCUUGGACAGGCAUUUUCUCAUCUUGAAGCUUUUUCUAUUGCAAGAGGCGCAGCCCAUGGUAUAUUUCAAGUAAUUGACCAGGCAUCUGCUAUUGACAGCUUUUCUUUAGACGGAUACAGACCAGAUAUUCUGAAGGGAGACGUGGAAAUUAAAAAUGUUCAUUUUUGCUAUCCAUCUCGACCAAAUGUCCAGGUUUUAAAUGGACUAAAUUUAAAGGUUAAAUCUGGACAGACUGUGGCCCUGGUUGGACAAAGUGGAUGUGGUAAAAGCACCACAGUGCAGCUCCUACAGAGACUUUAUGACCCGCAAGAGGGAUUGAUAAUGGUUGAUGGUCAUGAUAUAAGAUCAAUGAAUGUCACACAUUACAGAGAAUUGAUUGGUGUGGUCAGCCAGGAGCCUGUCCUGUUUGGAACAUCUAUUAAAAAGAAUAUCGAAUAUGGAAGAGAAAAUGUGACUGAUGAGGAAAUUGUAGCAGCUGCUAAAGAAGCCAAUGCCUAUGACUUCAUUAUGGCACUGCCGGAGAAAUUUGAAACUCUUGUUGGAGAAAGGGGGGCACAGCUUAGUGGCGGCCAGAAGCAAAGAAUAGCAAUAGCCAGAGCCUUAGUGAGAAAUCCUAAAAUACUUCUACUGGAUGAGGCCACCUCUGCUCUGGAUACUGAAAGUGAAUCAAUUGUACAAGCUGCUCUAGAUAAGGCCAGUAAAGGACGUACAACAAUUGUCAUUGCCCAUCGUCUCAGCACAGUUUGGACAGCAGAUUUAAUUGUGGUAUUACAAAACGGCAUGGUGUCUGAGCAAGGGUCACAUUCGGCACUAAUGGAGAUCAAAGGAAUAUACUAUACACUUGCGACAGCACAGUUUAUACAAGGAACAGAAGAUAAUAAAGAGAGAAAAGAGUCAGUAAAUGGAAUUCCUGAUAAAACAUUGACAAUAAAGUGUCCCAAUUCCCCUCUGAAAAACAACAUUAAAGAGGGCAAGAAGAAUGAAGAAAAUGACGCUGAGAAUGAGGAAGAGGACAGUCCUCCCAAUGUUUCCUUCUUAAAACUUUUGCAACUUAACAAGUCUGAAUGGCCCUAUAUUAUGGUUGGAACUAUUGCAUCAUUAAUUAAUGGGGGAAGUCACCCAGCAUUUUGCAUUUUUUUUGCCAAAAUUAUUGCUAUUUUUGGAUAUGAUGAUCCGGAUAAGAUAAAACGUGAAUCUGACUUAUAUUGUAUAAUGUUUGUAGUUAUUGGUGCUGUGUCCUUUUUUACUUACUUCUUACAGGGUUUCAUGUUUGGAAGAUCAGGAGAAGUUCUCACUAUGCGCUUAAGGCAUAUGGCCUUCAAAGCAAUGUUGCGUCAGGAAAUAUCCUGGUUUGAUGACAAGAAAAAUAGCACGGGAGCUUUAACAACCAGACUCUCUACUGAAGCGUCUCAGAUUCAAACUGCAACAGGCUCCAGGCUCGGUUUACUUGCGCAGAAUUUUUCCAGCAUGGGACUGUCCAUUUUAAUCGCUUUCUUUUAUGGCUGGGAGUUGACUUUGCUGAUACUUGCAAUGACUCCUGUCCUUGUGGUUACUGGUCUACUAGAGACCAGGGCCCUUGUUGGCUUUGCUAACCGUGAUAAAAAGGAUCUUCAAGAAGCAGGAAAGAUUGCAACCGAAGUUGUAGAAAAUAUCCGAACUGUUGUGUCCUUAACAAGAGAAAAAACUUUUGAAAAAAAUUAUACUGAAAGUCUACAGAAGCCCUACAGGAAUUCACAGCGAAAGGCCCAGAUAUAUGGUAUUUGCUUUGCAUUCAGUCAGUCUUUCAUAUUUUUUGCCUAUGCAGCAAGUUAUCGCUUUGGAGCCUUUUUAAUGACAGAGGGAAGGAUGAACAUGGAAGAAGUGAUGCUGGUAUUUGUCAUUUUAACUUAUGGAGCCGUUGCAGUGGGCCAAACUUUAUCCUUUGCUCCUGACUAUGCUAAAGCCAAAUCUGCAGCUGCCCAUCUUUUUGCUUUGUUUAAUAGACAUCCGGCUAUUGACAGCUACAGUUUACAAGGACAAAAACCUGACAAUUAUGAAGGAAAUAUAGAACUACGCCAGAUAUCAUUUAAAUAUCCAUCACGUCCAGAUGUGCACGUCCUACAAGAUCUAUCUGUUACCAUAUGCAGUGGACAAACAGUGGCAUUUGUGGGCAGCAGUGGUUGUGGCAAAAGUACUUCAGUCCAACUUCUGCAGAGAUUCUAUGACCCAUGCCAAGGAGCUGUGUUGUUCGAUAACAUUGACAUAAAAAACUUGAAUUUGCAAUGGCUUCGAUCACAAAUUGGAAUUGUUUCCCAAGAGCCAUUGCUUUUUGACUGCAGUAUUGCUGAGAACAUCGCUUAUGGGGACAACUCUCGCAAAGUGUCUAUGCAGGAGAUACAACAAGCUGCGAAAGCUGCAAAUAUCCAUUCCUUCAUAGAAGAGCUGCCGGAGAAAUAUAACACAUCGGUUGGCGGUAAAGGCACUCAGCUGUCUGGGGGUCAGAAGCAGAGAAUCGCUAUUGCCCGAGCACUUAUACGUUCUCCAAAAGUUCUGCUGCUUGAUGAAGCCACCUCAGCGUUGGACAAUGAGAGUGAAAAGGUUGUACAGCAAGCACUUGAUGAAGCAAGGAAAGGAAGGACUUGCAUCAUGAUUGCACACAGGCUUUCUACAGUCCAAAAUGCAGACCUUAUAGUUGUCAUAAAGAAUGGAAGAGUAAUAGAAGUAGGAACACAUCAAGAGCUUCUCUCCAACAGGGGAGCCUAUUUCAAUCUAGUAAAUGCACAAAAUAUAACGUAAAGACUUAAAACACAAAGAAGAUUUGAAACCUUAAAGCUUGCUUUGAUACUGGUAAAGAAACCUUUAUUUUUCAACACUAUGAAGACAUAGUGUACUGUAAGUGGACUGGAGGGAGACUAACACUGGCAAUGUGGCUCUGUAGCUAAUGUAGCAAUAAAAAGACUAAUCAAUAAGCCACAUUUAUUAUUCAGCAUUAUUUAUAAUCCAAUGCUUAGCACUGAAGGAAAAUAUACUGCAUCAUAUGAUCUUUGCAAUGUUAUUUUGUACAGUUUUGCCCUAGAGUAGCUUAUUCCAAAGCCUAAUUUACGGUAAUUAAAAUAUUUUAUUAAGCAAAAUUAACAUGAACAUGGAUCUCUGUCUUUUUUUGUUUUUUUCUGUUAAAAAAAAAAACUGGAAAAGUUAUAAUUGUUUCAUAUGCAUAGGGCGCAGUAAGUGGCCCUAUCAAAGGCCUGUUUGUUUAUUAUUGUCUUAGGUUUUGUCCUAGUAUUGUAGUCCUGCACGAUGUCUUUAAUUUGAUGUGAUCAUCAUUUUGAAAUGUAUUUUACUGCUUUGGUGUCUAGUUCCCAGAUAUGUGUACCCUGAGGAUCCCAUUAAAACACAGGUGAAAUGUGUUGGGACGAGGGAACUCAUAACUUGGACCUUGGUUUCACAUAGGCUACUUCUUGUAUCUUAAUGUUGUGAUAUGUCCAUUGGCUUAGCCGUACCCUGAUCCUUGUGUUUUGUAAUGUUAUUGGUGCUAUGUAACUGUGCUGUUACACCUUUACAGCUCUUAAUGAUCAAUGAAUAUGGGUGAUAGUAGGUCAUAAAUGUACUGUUGUUUUUAAUAUGGAGUCUUUAUUUUAUAGGAUUAUAUU